CGCGCGGCGGGGGAGAAAAGCGAGCGAGGGGUUUGUUGUCGUUGGGCAGCGGCGGCGAUUCGGUGCGGGCAGCCGGUUCGUGGUGGCGGCGGGCUGCGCUCUCUCUGUUGCCGUUCCUGGAUUUCUCGUUCAGUCGGCCGCGGUGUACGUCGACAGCGUCGCAAGUUGCAAUCGACAUGGGACGAAGGACAUCGUCCACACUGCGUCGCCGACAUGUAUGGAUGCAACGAGGACGGAGCUGCGCUACCCAGCGACGGGGGAGCAGCAGCACUUGAGCCAACAGCGCACGCUUUCCAUCAUUAACGCUCUCGGGCGCCUGCGGAGACAACCCGGUUGUUGUCAAGCCGGCUGAGCCUACGCGUGCUGCUUCCAGUCACGUUUAUACUACGUGUGUGCGUAGGUGACUUGGUAGACGCGCAGUCAGCGCUGCUGCCGCUGUGUUUACACCGUGCCGGACUCGGUCGCUUUUCGACAAUCAAGUCGCUUCUCUUCUGAGUACGGUGGUUACUUCUGUGACUGUGUGACUAUUUCGGUGCAUCGCGAUGUUGCGUGUUAGUCAAUUUCUGGUGGCUCUUCUCUUCAACUUGGCACCGACGACCGUCAUCUUGGCCAAUGCCGGCGACGCUUUCCGCAGCAAGGUGCCGCCGGGCACAGUCGAGUUGGACCUCCUCAAGAUGUUGAACAUCAGCACACUACACAAGGGAGUGGGCCGUACCACGGGUCCCAUAUCUAGUCUACCAGCGUGGAAGCUUUUCUCCGGUCUGAACGCCGUGCAGAUCCCCCUGGAGCCGGAGUCCAGCUUUCAACACCAGCUGGCCAGCACCGGAGCACUUUCAGCCAUAUUCGUCACCAGACCAAAUCGCCACAGCGUGGCCACACUGUUCAGCAUUCACCUACCGGGCAAGAUGUCGCCCCUGGUGAGGGUCGCUGUCAAUUUCAGGACCCGGCGCUUUGUGCUUUCCUACACUGUGCCAGACUAUGUAGCUACCGCGUCGAACGAAGACGAGGGAGGCGACAGAGCGACCAAUAGGAGGGAUCUCGACAUGGCUGACGACGUCAGCGAAGGGGACGGCACAGAGCCACUGGCCGACGACGUCGAUGAGACCUUCCGCCUGAACUCUGCCGACGUGAGGCACGUAAAGUUCAAGCUGGCUUCGGCCAAGGCGCUAAAGAAGACUCACGGCUGGACUUGGAUUGCUGUCACCCUGACGCGGGAGAAAGUAACACUCUACGAGAACUGUGAGAAACCGGUGGAGAUCGAGCUGGUGCAUUCGCCGUUGCUGAGGUUUCCCAGCGACGCGCUGGUCUACUUUCGCCAGGAACCUGGUCUAAAGCGCAAGUUUGUGGGAUCAGUUCAGGUUGCUCGCCUGUACAGCAACCGCAUCACUUCGCGACCGUGGAAGUGUUCCAGCACUGGCACGGCUAACGUGGAAGAAUGAACUUGGCAGCCAAUUUUCGGAGGACCACCCGCCAAACGCUUGACAAUGUGACGAGUUGUACUACUUACGCGCAGCCGUUGACAUUGUAUCAAAGGGCGUGGGCCGCAUGUGAAUAGAGCAUUUUAAUACUAGUUAUGUGAAUACUGGUCAAGGGUUCGUGGCUGGGGCCACAUUUGGGAGCAGAAAUGUCACGUGCCUGGAUUACGAAUUUAAUACAGUGCUUAAGUGAGAGUUGCAUAGUUGUAAGUGUUCAUAUCUUAUAAAUGUGUCCUUCAAAGAGAAUGGGGAACCACAGUGCCAAGGAAGACGGUGAGUUGUUCUAAACGCUGCAUAGCACGACACAAGCAACAGCUUCAGAGAAAUAACAUCGACAUUUGCUGAGCAGUAUUGCAAGCGUUGCAGAGUAUUUAGAAUUGAUGUGAAAGAUAUUUAGAAUUGAUGUGAAAAAAAUUACGGCAAAAAUGCCGAAUGUAUUUGUACUAAACCACUGGACAUUACGUUCUCGCUUUCAAACACUGAUAUUUAGAAAGAUGACAUUCGGUGUCUGUUGUUUUAGUGAUUAUCAAUAAUUGUACGGAUGCACAGUUACGCAGUAUGCAAGGUGUAGAAAUCUCACAAUAGCGCAGCCUUUACAAUUGUCACCAUUAAUGCUGUACGUUUCCGCACAACUGGCGUUGCCUUCGUUUUACAUGCAUAUACUCAAAACACGACCUCGCAUGCUUCAUGACUUUCAUAUCUUUUCACACUAAAGCGGGUGGUAUCAAUUUAACCAAGAGAUCAGUGUGGUUUUGUGACAUCACAAGGUUAGUUUCAUUCAAUAAGCAGCAUUGUCGAAACUUAUAUUAAAGUCAGUUAUAGUAUGCUUUCUUACAAGCAUUUCAACACUAUGCCAUUUCUACUUAUAGUAUCUAAGUAACUAUAGAAUCUGCCUUGCAUUUCUAGAACAGACGUUCAUCUUGGAAAGUAAAGCGUAAUUUUUUAUUAUGGGCAAGUACUUUGUUCGUUCGAUUCGCAUCUUACACUAGUGCAAGCUUUAGGUAUUGUGGAUUAUUGAGCCAAUAUCGUGCCAUGACGCUUGAAAAAAGGUGAAAAUUGGAGGUUAAGGAAUCAGAAAUACUUAUCGUCAAAAUUCUCCUGUAGUAUCUGGAAAGUAGACACUGCCUGACAUGUAUUUGUUCUCCCAAGGCUGGUCACAUGACCCUAGUUGUCAAUGAAGAAUAUGUUUGAGUCUUUUGCAGCUGAUAAAAUGUAUGAUGUUGGAAUCAAUCGCUGUUUUUAUGGUUACCACCUCAACGUUAUGCGUGUUUAAGUGAAUACGUAUGCAUAUGUGCAAGAAAAUCAUUCAGAAUUGCAAUACAUUGCAUAUUAGGCCAAAAGCGUGACCUGGAUAUAUUGGAAUAGUUAAUGGAAAUGUACGACGGACACUAUCGCUGAAAAAAAGACGGGCAGAACGGGAGAUUUCUAGUAAAAGCAACCGUUUAAAGAGAAGCAAUUUAAGGAAGACAUUUGUUCCAAUGUACCUUUUUUGGCGAUUUGUGGCUGCUUUGUGAGGCCAGUAGCUAUUUUUUUUUUGCUCAUGAGCCGUGGAUAUCUGAGCAGUGGUAAUGUUCUACUAUCGGGUACAUGUGUCAUUAAGGUGUGAUGCACGGUACGCUGUGUACGUAUGAGCGAUUCAAAGUAAGACAAUGAAGCGACUUUGCGUGACUUCUGGCUUUGCGUGACCUCCUUGUGCUCUUUCUAUUCAUAAGUGUUUUGAAGUGCGCAUACUUGCUUGUUUGAGUGGAUACUAGACUUUCUGUACCUUAUCACCCGACAUGCUACUUGGCUUUGAAGUUCAUUUCAAAUGUGUCUUAAAAUUUGUCCGCAGCGGACUCUUGUUGUGAAACAAAUCGCCUAAACACUGCACAGAGGACAGAAUGCAUUCUGCAGUUGGGGUAAUAAACUAAUCACUGACUACUUAUGUCUGCCAAAAUAAUAGCGCUCGUCUACAUAUUCUAUGAUUUAAUUUUGACGCCGAAAAAGGCUUUCGUAACAAUUGUCGGCAUCUUAUUUUUACGUUUUUUUCCACCGAUCUCGCAUUUGAACGAUCCUUACCGCGCACCAGCUGUAACAUAUUUGGCGGUAACGACACUCCGUUUUUCGCACGGUUAUGAAGAACGGCUAAUUACUUUUAGGCCGUGCUUGUAACCUUUACAAACAACACUCAACCAAUCAGGUCCUAGCCAAAGUGUGGCAGAUUCAUACUCAUCGCCUCCUGUAGUACCAUUGCAUUUGCAUCACCAUGUGUAAUUUUCUACAGGUAUGUGUGGGCUGCUACUCAACUCGUAAAAAAGGCAUACAUGGUUCGCAUUGCGUCACUUUGUACAAACGAAGGAUCGUGAUCAAGGGAUUCUAGUGUGGAAGAGAUUACAGCACUGUGGCGUCCCAAAGCAAUGUGUUCUUGUACGUGAUAUAUCGUUAUAGUAGCGCAUAUCGAAUUCCUUUUGAAGGUCAACAGGAAAGCCGACGGCUUGCCGGAAGAAGACGUUUCCGGUACUUUUCAUUGUUACUUGCUGUCUUUAUGCAACGGAUGUAAAAAAAAAGGAAAUGUAGCGCGUCUCUUGAGUGAUAAUAAAACGACGUACACGACCCA